AUGGCGCGCAAUUCAGAAAAAGCGCAAUCUAUGCUCUUCCGCUUCCGGGCGCAACAAGCACAAGACCUAGGCAUCCUCGACACCACACGAACCCGCCGCCCAAAAGCAAUCUCACAACAGGACCACAUCCCCACCUGCGAGCGAUGGCGCGGUACAGUGCUCAAGGAAAUCAGUCGCAAAGUCUCUAAGAUCCAGGACCCUGCGUUGAGCGACUAUCAGAUCCGCGACAUCAACGACGAGCUGAACAAACUCUUUCGCGAAAAAUGGCAGUGGGAGUUGCGGAUUCGAGAGCUGGGUGGGCCGAAUUAUAUGCGCGGGGGUGCGAAAGUGAUGGAUGACGAGGGGAGGGUGAUCGAUGGUGGUGGGAAGGGGUAUAGGUAUUUUGGAAGGGCGAGGGAGUUGCCUGGUGUGAAGGAGAUGUUUGAAGCUGCGACGCAAAAGCCUGAAUCGGAGAAGAAGGAGACGAGGCAUGAUUUGCGGUUGAAGGUGGAUGCAGGAUAUUAUGGAUACAAUCUGGAUGAAGAAGAUGGGUCCUUGCUGGAGUAUGAGGCACAGAAGGAGAAGGAGGCAUUCGAGACUCUGAUGGCGGAGGAUGAUGUUAAGGACCCGGAGUGGGAAGCUCUGCCCGGAGAUGCUGGAGAUGGGGUGCCUUGGAUACUGCCCACUGUAGAGCAAGUGGAGGCAGAACUACUGGAAAGGCGGAAACGCAAGCUUCUGGACAAGCUCUGA